GCCGCUGUGGAGAUGUGCGCGGCGGGGAGGCGCUGGGGCCGGCGGCAGCGAGCUCUGCUCUGGGCCGUGCUGCUGGCGGCGUGGGAGGCGGCGUGGGGGCAGCUGCGCUACUCGGUGCCCGAGGAGAUGCCCAAGGGCUCGUUCGUGGGCGACGUGGCCAAGGACCUGGGGCUGCAGCUGACGGAGAUCCGAGAGCGGGGCAUCCGUGUCGUCUCCGAAGGUAGGACGCAGUAUUUCGCUCUGCACGGGAAGACGGGACAUUUAGUGACGGCGGAGAGGAUCGACAGAGAGCAGCUGUGCGAGAGUGUGCAGCAAUGCGUGCUGCGCUGUGAGCUGAUAGUGGAGGGGGAAAUGAAGUUCUACGAAAUAGAAGUGGAAAUCACGGAUAUUAAUGACAACGCGCCCACCUUCAAGGAAAUUGAGCUGGAACAGAAAAUGAGCGAGACUACAGCUCCAGGGUCUCGGUUUCCGUUAUCCGAGGCUCACGAUCCUGACUCGGGUCGGAAUUCGCUGCAGAGCUACGAGCUGAGCGGUGACGAGCACUUCUUCGCCCUGCAGGCGGGCCCCGGCGGCGAUCAGCGUCCCGAGCUGGUGCUGGCGAAGGCGCUGGACCGGGAGGAGGCGGCGUUUCACGAGCUGGUGCUGAGGGCGAUGGACGGCGGCGAUCCGGCACGGACGGGCACGGCUCGGAUCCGCGUGACCGUGGUGGACGCGAACGACAACGCGCCCGUGUUCAGCCAGGCGGAGUACACGGUGCGUGUGCCCGAGGACGUGCCCAUGGGCUCUGUACUACUCACUGUCACGGCCACUGACUGGGACGAGGGGCUAAACGGGCACGUGAAAUACUCGUUUAAGAAGAUCACAGAGAAAGCCUCGAAGAUAUUCUACUUGGACUCUGAGACAGGAGAGAUCAGGCUCUUGCAGAGCUUGGAUUUCGAGGAAGGCAAUUCCUUCGAACUGGAGGUGCAGGGACAGGAUGGCGUCGGACUUUUCGACACUGCCAAAGUCACGAUGGGAGUCGCGGAUAUAAACGACAAUGUGCCGGUGAUUUCCGUGCGGUCAGCGCUAAAUGAGAUUUCUGAGGACGCCCCUUCGGGGACGACGGUCGCCCUGCUGCACGUGCAGGACCGGGACACGGGGAAGAAUGGCGAGGUGCGCUGCUCGCUCGACAAGGACAUCCCGUUCCGGCUGCAGAGCUCUCACGGCAGCUACUACAGCGUGGUGACCGCGAGAGAGCUGGACCGGGAGCUGGUGUCGGAGUACAACGUGACGGUGCGGGCGGCCGACGGCGGGUCGCCGUCGCUGCAGAGCAGCGCGGUGGUGGCGCUGCGGGUGCUGGACGUGAACGACAACGCGCCGGUGUUCGCGGAGGAGCGCUACAGCGCGCGGCUGGCGGAGAACAACGCGGCGGGCGCGCUGGUGCUGACGGUGCGCGCCACGGACGCGGACUGGGGGCAGAACGCGCGCGUGCGCUACCGGCUGGCGGAGGGGCGGGUGCGGGGCGCGCCGCUGUCGUCGUACGUGUCGGUGCAGGCGGAGACGGGCGCGCUGUACGCGCUGCGCUCCUUGGACUACGAGCAGGUGCGCGAGCUGCAGCUGUGCGUGCGGGCGGAGGACGGCGGCGCGCCGGCGCUGAGCAGCAACGUGUCGGUGCGGCUGCAGAUCGUGGACGAGAACGACAACGCGCCGCAGGUGCUGUACCCGCCGGCGGCCGCGGCGGCGGCGUGGUCGGGCGUGGAGCUGGCGCCGCGUUGGUCGGAGGCCUGCGCGCUGGUGGCCAAGGUGGUGGCGGUGGACGCGGACGCGGGGCAGAACGCGUGGCUGUCGUACGAGCUGGCCAAGGCGACGGAGCCGGGGCUGUUCCGCGUGGGGCCGCACAGCGGCGAGGUGCGCACGGCGCGCUCGCCGCUGGCCCGCGACGCGGCGCGCCACAGCCUGGUGGUGCUGGUGCGGGACCACGGGCGGCCGGCGCUGUCGGCCACGGCCACGCUGAGCGUGGUGCUGGCCGAGAGCGUGGCCGAGCUGCUGGCCGAGCUGGGCGGCGCGGCGCACGAGGCGGCGGCACCGGGCGAGCCGGCCGCCAGCCUGACGCGCUGGCUCGUGCUGGCCGUGGCCGCCGUCUCGUGCCUCUUCGUGGCCUUCCUGCUGCUGCUGCUGGCGCUGCGCCUGCGCCGCUGCCACCGCCGGCGGCUGCUGCCGCCGGACGGCGGCGCCUCGCGCGGCGUGCCCGUCUCGCACUUCGUGGGCAUCGACGGCGUGCGCGCCUUCCUGCGGUCCUACUCGCACGACGUGUCGCUCACGGCCGACUCGCGCAAGAGCCACCUGCGCUUCUCGGCCGCCAGCUGCUGCGACACCCUCCCGGCCCGGCCGCCGCCCGACGAGCCCGCGCCGCUGCUCGGGGAUGUGGACCCGGCCGGCGCCCUCCCCGCGGACCCCGUCCCUCCCUCGCAAGCUCAACCUAACACAGACUGGCGCUUCUCUCAGACCCAGAGACCUGGAACAAGUGGCUCCCAGAAUGGAGAGGAAGCUGGAGCCUGGCCCAACAACCAGUUUGACACAGAGAUGCUCCAAGCCAUGAUCCUGGCUUCAGCCAAUGAAGCUGCUGACGGUAACUCGACCCUGGGCGGUGGCAAUGGCACGAUGGGGCUGAGCGCCCGCUACGGCCCGCAGUUCACCCUGCAGCACGUCCCCGACUACCGGCAGAACGUGUACAUCCCGGGCAGCAACGCCACCCUCACCAACGCCGCCGGCAAGCGCGACGCCAAGAACGCCGCCCCCGCCGGCGGCAACAAGAAGAAAUCCGGGAAGAAGGAGAAGAAGUAGUGAAGAAGAAAAAGGAGACCUUAGAGCUACAGGGCAGCCGGCUCCAGCACUCCCCCAAAACCACAGCCCAGGCCGGAGGACGAAUGUGAAUUUUUUUUUGUGGUGCAAAAGUAGGAAAUGCUGCGAAUGUAUCUCGUCAUCAUCAGGGCUGAGAGCAGGGGCUCGCUGCUCUCAGGUCUCAUGAUGAAAACCAAUCCGGAAUCUAAACCCAACACAAACAAGUGCCCUGUGAAUAAUGUUUUAUACAAUCCCUCGGGUAUUAGAAUAUGCAAGGGCGGAAGGUCUUUUGCCAUGUCUUUGGAUCCAAUUUGCUCCCAGGUAGUCCAAGAAAGGCACAAGGCUUGUACUCGGCUUUGCCCAGUGUAAAUAAUUUUAAUGUGGAUCUUUUAAUUUAUAGCCCUUCAGCUAUUUUUUGGAAAGGAAAAGGAAGUUCUUAGCUUAAAGCCCACGCUCCAAUUCUUUGCUGUUAAAUUUUCCAUUCGUAAAAUUCACCCCCAGUCAAUGAUAGCGAUGGAUUUUGGAAUCUGGAAGUUGGUAGGGAGUGCUUCAGUUCCUGCUUACCUGUCAUCUGAAAAAAAAAAAAAAUUGUGUAUAUUGCAUGAGUCAAAGGGAAUAUGGCAAAGCUGCAUCCUAAGCAUUUUUAAUUUUUUUUUUUAAAGUGUAACCACUAAUGGCCUGAAAUAUGAUAAGGAAAAAAGCCCUCCAGCUGUGUGAGAGUCAGGGAAUUCCAUGAGGAGCAUGCCGAGGUGUGCGGCAGCUGCCCCGGCGGUUCUAGGGGUCUCCGAAGAGCAGACACAUCUCAAACCUUCUUUGCAGUAAAUAUUUAUAUGUACAGUCGAUGUUCUUAUGGAAUUAAGGCUAAGAGAGCCUCGCUCCCCCGCGGCCAGGCCUGGCCAGGUCCCCCAGGGGACACGGGGACGGGGUUUCACUGUCUGCACACGGUGUCUGCAUGCACGUCCCUCUCCUCACACCUGCACUAGCGCCGUAGCUCCACGGACCCGCACAGUCCUCGCAUGCCCACGUGGUGUGAACGCGCCGGCAGCCGCCCGGGCUGCCCUGGGGAAGGGGUGGGAGGGGGUGGGAUGGCUCAGGCGGGCCGGGGGAACUCAAUAUUGCUUCUAGUUCGGUUCUUUGGGGCGGUCGGGCGGUUCUGGGCGUCUCGCCCAAAGGGUGGGAUCCGCGGAGCUGCCGGUGCAUGGCUUUGGUGCAGAGUUGGUGGCUGAGUAAGUGAUGGUUGUUUUGGUGGUGUUUGGGGACCAGAUCUAGACAAGGGACCCAAGAGCAGGGGGUGACGCUGCAAAAUGGGGGCAGUGACUGGGGAGUGGCACACGGGGCUGUGCGGGGCCAGCCUGAGGAGGAGGUGACGCUCCCACUGGCUUUGGGCUUUGUGUCCUGCAGGGAGAAUGGAAGGAUGAGGAUUAGAGUUUCUCCAUGUGCCCAUCAACAAAGCACCAGGCCAGCUUCCCAUAGCAAAGCAGCUUUGAGCCCCCGGGAGAGGCAGAUGGGGGCUUUGUGCAGCCAGAGCCAGGAGAGGAGCUGUGGGGUGGCCCGGAAGGGGCCACACCGAGUUUCCCAGGGGGGUUUGUGUUGUUUUUUUCCUUUUUUAAUCACUAACACGUAACUCACCCGAGCAGACCCAGCCCUUUCAGCCAGGCUCUCCCCACCCCUGCCCCCUCCCCAAACAGGGCAGCAGGAGCAUCCUCCGUGUUCCAUCCAGAUCCAGCCACCUCCGGCGCUGGCUGCACUGGGAGCGGUUCCCACCCUGUCCCCUGCAGCUGCCACCUGCCCCCCCUCUAGAAAUGCUGUAGCUGAAUCGUAGUCUUUAUAUUUUCUUUUUAAUCUGCAAAUCUGAGGUAGCGUAGUGAGUGUCGUGUAUUUAGUGGCGUGUUAUUUUUAAUUGCAGUAACUAACUUGUGGACAUCAGUAUUUUCAAUUUUCUCUGUAUCUUCUUUCCAUGUGGUCUGUGCUCCGAGUGUGCGUGAAAUGAAACACGUUUGCCCUUUCAAUGUGUCUAAUAUUGAAUUAUACUUAUAUAUUAUAUAUAUGCUUAUAUCCUUCUUAUACCCAUAUAGACCAACGUCGAUGUGUUACACGCAAGUUUUAUACUCUAAUAUUUAUAUUGCUUUUUUUCUUUGGGAAAAAAAAAUAAUAAAAUGGUUUCUUCUGAA